UUUCACCUUGCUUUGGAGAAAACUUUGGAGCACAUAGAAGUGACAGCAUCACGGACAAGUCAUUACUUGAAGUGCAGAAAUGAACACUUGAACAACUUAUUUGACCUGGCUUGGAGAAUUUAUAAAAUCUAUUGUUUCAACAUUUUGUCUACUUUGGCAAAAACAUGUAAAUAUCUGGAUUUUACAAAGGCUACUAUACCUUGAACCAUUGGCCAUCUUCAUCUUUAUAUAAAGGGGGCCCUGAGACAGACCGAGGCCACGGUUGCAAACAUGACGGAGAUCUCCGGACCCGAGUUUGAAAUAGAUGUGGAGAGCUUGGAAACGGAAAGUGACGACCAAGCAGAGUGUACUGUCUCAACAUUAUCCGUCGCAGGAGAGGAAAAUGCUGGAACCAAAAGCGAUGAUAAAUCGGGAUCUAUUAUUUGUUCGGGCGACCAGAGGAAACUGAGCCGAACACCGAAAUGUGCGCGUUGCAGGAAUCACGGAGUGGUGUCAUGCCUUAAGGGACAUAAACGUUUCUGUCGCUGGCGUGACUGUCAGUGUGCCAACUGUCUGCUGGUAGUGGAAAGACAGCGCGUCAUGGCAGCGCAGGUAGCACUUCGCAGACAGCAGGCGACAGAGGAUAAGAAAGGCAUUACUGCUAAGCAGAGUCCGACUGAGAGGAGGACUAUAUACCAAAGACAUAUUCGACCAUCAACUAUGCUGGCAAAAAGUAUUUUAGAAGGAUACCGCCCGGUUCAGACAGACCCAUAUAUGGGGGGCAACCCAUCUCUCCCUCCACCUCUGAGCGACAGGAUGAGGAAGAGAAGAGCCUUCGCCGACAAGGAGCUGGAGACCAUCAUGCUGGAGCGGGAAUACAAAGAACGGGAGCUUCUAGAAUCCAGCCAGGCCGCUACGGCCUCCCUGCUCUUCCCCGGCAGCAUGGUCCACCACGCCACCGAAUACAACUCCUACAAGUCUGCUUACUCAUCCGGCGCGCAGAUGGAGCCCCAGCCUAAGGACAUGUGUAACUUCUUAGGGCCCAACUGCCUGGAUCUGUCCAUGCAGUACACGGCCGGCUCGGCCAACGUGGAGCUGAUCUCAUCCAACGUCAGCGUGGCCACCACCUACCGGCAGUACCCCCUCCACCCGUCGCGGGGCAGCUUCAUGAUGUGGCCGCGCGGCGCCGCCAACCUCAGCGACGCUCUCCUCUACCAGCAGUGCCUGCUGAACGCCACCGCCAUGCAGAGCAUGAAGCCCGCCGCCGCUCUGGAGGCAAAGACGACGCCCGCCGCCGGCUCUGAGAGCGCUCUUCCGGAGCAGGACGGCGCUUCCAAACUGGAGGGGUCACGAGCUGCCCUUCUCCCCGACCUGGACGUGCUCCAGCACGGGGACCUCUAUGCCAUGGUUGCCCAGGGGGGACCCAGAGAACGAUCGGCUUUCUCCCCCCCCGAGAGGGGCUUCGGACAGGCCUUCCCCGUCACCCCCCACCCCCACUCCAACCCCAACGCCCCCGGCCACGAACGCGUCCUGGCCAAGGUGAGCAAAGACAGUGCGAAGCACUCGCUGUCCGUGAAGCUCAACUCGUUUCACUCUCUGUUCGAGCAGAGCCUCAGUGAAAAGGUCGGGGCGGGAGCGAGGGUCGGGGUCGGGGCCGAGCUUAGGGGCCCUUACUGUAAAGAGCUCCUGGAGGAAGCUGCUCGCAAGUACAGAGAGGGCUCCAGCAGAGACAGCCACAGCUUGAAAACAACAGGCACGGACAGGUACGCUAAAGACUUUCUGUCCAAGCCAAUGGGGACCAAGAUGGCAUCCAACGAGGCGUUGUCUUUUUCGGUCGAGGCCAUCCUAAAGAGACCCUCGCCUUCUAUGAAUCGAGCGUUGCAGUAAAUCCACGGGAUUGUUUCUGGUGGUUUAUGCUGUCAGUUCCACCCCAGGCUAUGUUACACGUUUAAUUCCUUUUCUUGUCUGAAAUGAACGCUGGUUUCUGAAAGUCACUGUGCUAGUAGCAGUUGUGGGUCCGUGUUUUAAUGCACUUAUACAGUGUCUUGUCCCCCAAAAAAUACACACACACGUCGUAUUUUAUAUCAGCAUUGUAAAUUACUUUAUCAUAAAAUAUAUUUAAGCAUAUGAUUUAAGAUGUUUCUUUUAUGUUUCAAUAAACGUUUUAAAGAGUAA